AUGAGUCUUCUUAACUAUACCGUUCAGAUAACGUAUGGCAUCGCCAGUGAAGGGGAUCCCCUACUGAAAGCAACCAAGGACAGAAUUCCCGUUGUACGCGGCGUAGGUACCCCCUGCAUUAUGAGUGUCGCGUGCCAUGCCACAAACCCUAAGUCUAUCCCUUAACCUAACCCUAACCCCGAACCUGCCUCCCCUGGAGUUUAGCGUAAGGCCACCUGUAACACGGGAGAAUACCUGUUUCCGCAUGUUACGCGGCUGUGUCCAUGAGCUUGGUGGUGAGAGCUGCCUCCCCUGUCGAUAUGCUGCUCCGACUUGGCACGUUCAGUGGCCUAGUUAGUGGACAGGUAGUUGCCAAGGCAACUAAAGCGCACGCGCACACACGCGUGCAUGCACACACCUACCGUACCAUAGUCCUCUGGGGAGUGCGGUAGUUGAAAGUAGAACGUUCCUCAAUGCUUCGUUGGUUAAAGUAAUGGACGUCCAUUUGUUUGUCUGGAGAGCCCAAUGUACUAUUAAAGUACAUCCGUGUCCCAAAGUAGAAGUAAGUAGGUACAUCGCCGCACUAUGAUCAAAUGGGCCAAUUGCAGAGCGCGUAGAAACUGAGGAGUGGACGUUUCAUUCGCCCCACGCAUCACCACCAUCCUUUCGAGGACGUCAGGGUGGCCGACAGAGAAAUGACAAUGUUUUAGGCUCUAGAGAUGGAAGGGGGCGAGUUAAUAAUUGCAUUUGGGUGAACUUAAAAUUCUCUGUUACAUGAUGGAUGGAACGGUGUGAGAAAAGUCGGUUAUUAUCAGCGGAAUCUGGGUAGCUGAUGUCCAUCAACAAUAAGAAAGGUACAAGAUAACUGGAACCUAGUGAGAUGCACUCGUCGCAGUCGGUUUGCAUCCUCGUUCUGUUCAACAAUAAAAGAUUUCGUUUCAAUUACCGAUCCAUACCAUGGGGCGAGCUUCAAACAGACGCGAUAAAUAGGCAAGUAGACAGUUUAAAGUGUCCUGGUUGAGGGGAAACUAUAAAUAAGCCCUCUUAUAGUGGACUGUGUGACGAUGUGUGAGUGUGUGUGUGUGAGAGAGAGAGAGUUUGCGUGGGGUGCAGGGGUGUCCAGCGGUUGGUCCGCAUGAUGGUCGUAGUAGGUCGCUCACUUGCUUCCAGGUACAGACUACGCCCAGCGUCAAUUUGCUAACACUCAACUUUCACAUUUGGCUCCCGAAGCUGGGCUUCGCCCAUCGGUCACGCCCCGGGCAACCGCCUCGACUGGCUGGCUAAACCAGGUGAGGGUAUCCGUGUGUGCGCCUGCCCUCACGGUAAUGUGGACCCCGCUGGCUGGAUGGAUCUUCGCGUCGGCAUCGUUGAGACGAGGCUCCGUCUGGACCACCGCGGAAGGCCACGUGGCCAAUGAACCUACGUUCCAGGCUGAUUCGGGUCGUUCUCCCAAUACACCAAAGCCGUGGCCCGUAGUGGAGUUCGGCAGCCCUCUGGGAUAGCCGAGCAGCCCUAUUUCGGGAGGCACUGCUUCCUCGCAAGGAGAGGGGCUAGAAAAAGUGCCCUGCAAAUUGCUGGUAGCAAUGCUAUCUGUAGACUAACCGUGGGUGCAGACAAAAAACACACGGUCGAAGCAAUCAGAACAGAAACAACAACAAUCUCUCUGUUCCUCUUCCUGUUUACUCUUCUUUUUCCCCUCCUCCUUUUCACCGCCGAAAUCGCCAGAAUGGUAGGGUGAGUCUGCUCAUUCUGGCAGCCUGGAAUGUUCGCUCACUUUUAGACAAUCCGUGCAGCAAUGGACCGGCACGGAGGACGGCGCUAGUGGCUCGGGAACUGGCGCGCUACAAGACAAACAUCGCCGCACUCAGCGAGACCCGGUUCUCCGAACUAGGCCAACUGGAGGAGGUGGGUGCUGGCUACAUCUUCUUCUGGAGUGGUCGCCCCAGGCCAGAGCGACGAAACACGGGUGUCGCCUUCGCCAUCCGGAACAACAUUGUGGGAUGACUAUCCUGUCAGCCGCAGAGCAUCAACGAUCGCCUGAUGAGUCUCCACCUGCCUCUCCAGGGAGGCAAGUUCGCCACCAUAAUCAGGGCCUACGCUCCCCCGAUGACCAGCCCUGACGCCGCAAGGGGCAAAUUCCAGGAGGACCUGCACACCCUCCUGACGACUGUGUCGAAGGCGGAUAAGUUGAUUGUUCUUGGUGACUUCAAUCCCGGCGUCGGCACAGACCAUGCAGCCUGA